AUGCACAAUGGAUAUACGUCUCCUCCAAUAAUUGGCACGAAUAAUCCAUUUUCAAGCGAUCCAAUGAAUCCACAUAACCGUUUCCCAGAAAUAUCUGCUUCAUCACCUUCUCCACCAUCGCUCAGUCCGCAGUACACUUCAUGGGUGCAACCCGGCGGCGGAAUGCAAUCGCAACAACCACAGCAGCAACAACAGUAUUACCAAGCAUCAUCCCCCCCUCCUCAACAAUUCAAUACCGCCGGAUACGCGAUGAACGGAGGGAGUGGGUUCAACACCGACUUUAGCGGUGGCAGUGGUGGGGGAACGAUGCCCCAACCAACUGGAUUUCAGCCGACCAGCAGUUUUGGCCAGCAGCUCACUUCUCAGAUUAACGGGAGCAGUUACGGGUAUUUGAACGGACAGCAGCAACAACCGCAACAAUCUCCUCAAUCGACUUAUAAUCCGGCGCAACAGCAGCUAGCAAGUCCGAGUUAUAUCGCUCAAUUUGAUCCCUAUUCCUCGAUAGGACAGGGCUGGGAUGGGUCGAUUCAGAGUAGCAUGGUUCAGAGUUCUCAGAGUCCUAUCGGACAGUCGUCUGGGAGCAGUUCACAAACUACGACUACAUCGAGAUCAGUUUCGGGAGAAGUUCAUCCAAGAGAGUAUAUUCGAAUGCAUAAAGCUGAGAUCGAAUCUUGGGAUUCGUACGCUUGGAAGCAACUGUUGAAUGGGUUUGACACGCUAAAGGAGGCAUGGCAGUCGCGGAAGAAAGAGUUAGAGGGGAAAGCGAGUCAAGUGCAGACUCAAGUGCAGUAUAGUGGCGGGGGAUAUUAUGCUGCGCAGCUACAACACGAAGCUUCACGUCUUCAAGGGUUGGUGAAGGAAGCUGAUUCCAAAUUUGAAUCUGUGGCGGCAUCAUCGUUCCAGAUGCACGAAGUCUUCCAAAACUAUCGUCAGUCCGGCGAUAUGGCCAGCAAACGUCGAGUUCGAGAAUCUUGUAAUGCUGCUUUACAAGCCUUGCCAGACUGGCCAUCGCACCUUUACUGA